ACAGGUUAACAGACGGCCCAGUUCAUCAGUAAGCUGCCAGUGUGAGGAUGAAGAUCUCUGUGAGUUUUAUGCUGUUGCUGCUGCUCGGCACAGUCUCCCCAAGUGAAAGUACCGAUUGUCAGAAGGCUUUUCCUCAAGACAUCUACGCUGCACUGAGAGAGAUGACCGCCUCGUUGGUUCAACUGAAGGCUGACAUGAGAUUCCUGCAGACUCAAGGUCAAGCACAGCUGAAGACUGAAGUGGACAAACUGAAGCAACAACAGAUAGAACAAGCAGCACAGCAGAAGACUGAAGUGGACAAGCUGAAGAAACAACUUCAAGUCCGACAGGUUGCAUUCUCAGCCUCUCUGCUGCCUGGAGUUGAACCAGUAACUCUUGGACCCUUUCCCACAGCCACUACCCUGAUCUACAAAAAAGUUGUUACCAACAUCGGAAAUGCCUACAACUCAAACACAGGUAUGUUCACUGCCCCGCUGAGAGGAGCGUACCACUUUGAGUGGCAUGUCAGUGCACACGGAGACAACGGCGCCCACGGUUCAGGGGCUUGGUUGGUCAAGAACAACGAGAAUGGUUUCAUGGCAUGGGAAUUUCAGGCGACCGGUUUAAUGACUUCUUCUAAUAGUGUUGUGCUGUUGCUGGAGGCGGGAGACGUCGUGUUUGUGCGUCUACCGCCUAAAGCUUUGGUGUUUGACAACGAUAAUGACCACACCACCUUCAGUGGUCAUCUGCUGUUCCCCAUGUAAGACAGAAACAGCAGCUCUGUGAUAGUCACACAGGGUUUUGUUGUCUUUAACUAGUCUUCAUAGCACUUCAUUGAUUUCAUCUGAUUUACAUCUGCAUCCAAAUAAUAAGUAAUAAUUGCCGACAGGAAUCUUUUUUCCUUCAAAUUUUAAAGUGAUUAAUGUUUCUGAUUCUCUCUUCUUUCUGUCAUUAUAAUCAAAUAAUAAACAUAUAU